CUUAAGUUUCUUAUUGAACUUUUUAUAAUAAUUUAUGGACAACGACCAGUAUCAAGUUGAGAUUCGCAAGAAGAAGUUUCAUAAGUCCUAUAUUAACUUAUUAACCAAGCUACCUUUGAUCUAUGGGCAGUACUAUGAGUUUAAGAGAUGAGGAAUCGCCAGGAAGAACCUCCCAAUAACAGGAAAUCUGGGAUGGGCCUAUUUCACCCAUGAAUUUUUCCCACUAGAAAGGUACAAAAUUCUUACUGAUCCUUUAAGAAUAGAUGAUUAUGUCAGAGCUGUCAUUCAGAAUUGUUUAGGAGAUAUGGAUACAAAAUGAAACCUUGAGAAGUUGCACUCCCUAAAGAAUGACAGGAACGUAUCUAAGUUAAGGCAGCAAUUUGCUAUAGAGUAUACUCGAAAAUAUAUUCCUUCCUUAGGGAGACUAGGCCAAGCUAAUUCAUAUUUGCACAUGUCUGAUUUUAGCCCUGAAAGGGAUCAAGCUGAAGACCCUACUUCUGAACGCUGAGAGAUAGACAAACUGAUUAUUACACUGACAGAGCAAUAUAAGUUUAUAAGAUCCCAGAAUUCUAGUAAGAUUUCAAACUUGAAAGAGAGGUUUAGUAAAAUCUACAGUAAUAUAACACAAGAUAGUUCUAUUGUCUUUUUAGACCAGAUGGAGAAUUAUGAACAAAUCAAGCUGAUGAAUCCUUACCAAUCUCACCUAUGAUUUCCCUACUCAAAGGAUGAAAGUGGCCUAGUAUGGAUGUGGAACAUGCUUUCAAAGCAUAAGAGAAAGAAGAGAGCUAUUGAGCUAAACAAGGAUUCCAGUGGAAAAGCUUUCAAGCUCAAACUUUCAUAUAAGGAUUUGCUCAAGCUUCCUCCAGACUUUGCUCACCUGGAUGAUUCCUGAUUAAUCUGAAAUUCUUCAGACACCAGUCAAGAGAAUAGCUUAAUUCUAUGAGACCAGUGAAAUUGCAUGGCUCAUUUAAGAUGAUACGGACUUAGGGAGGUUCCCAAAGGCAAAUGGUUUUGAUACAAAUGCAGAAUUCUCAAGAAAGCUCAUUGUAACUUGAUGAAAUGAUCAUUAUGAGACCAAUCUGGAGGAAUUUUAAAGCCUUUUGCUUGCUCAACCAAAUUACGGAUAAAUGAACAUGUUACAAAAGGGAGGUCAGGAAAUUCUGAAUACAGAGAUUAUAACGUACAACAGCUGAUAGAGCUUGAAAAGAAAUACUAUCUGAAUAAGUCAAAGGAUAACAUCCCAAUUUUUCAGAAGCUCACUACUUUCUUUCACUGGGCUCAUAUAAGUUGUCACUGGUGGAAUUCCAAUGUGUUCAAGUUUGUUGAAGAGGAUCCUCUUCCAAUCAGGGCUCUUUCAAGACUCAAUCUCAACCACGAGUGAACUUUCUGCAAUAAGAAAGAUGGGACCACUUUGAAAUGUAAUGAUUGAGAUACCAGGUUCCAUUACGAAUGAGGUAGGAAACGGAACUGAAGGAUUGCUUACAUAAUCAAAAGUAAAGAAAAGCAAGUCUCUGUUGAGUGAGAACUCCAUUCACCAAAUCUCCCACUGCAAGAGCUCAGGAAGUUUCAAGAAGACCGUACUUUUGAAGUAGCCGUUCUCUGAGAUGCUCUCAGAGAGUAUACCAAAACGAUAGAUUACUUUAAAGAAAAAGAGAAGAAAUGGAAAGUGAGCAAUCAGAGACAACUGACUCGCAACUUCUUCAAAAUUUUUGAAGAGAAAUACAACUUUGAGAUAGACAUCGUACAACUUAUCAAUGAUAGAUAUGGAUUCUGCUCUGCCUUCUCGAAUACUUUGAAGCAGAUAAUCGCGGAUCGAUUUUGACAUAUUAGUAAAUUCAAGAUCGCAAAUUUCUCUCCUGAAUUUUGUAAGUACAAAUUUCUGAAAGAAAUCUGAACCCCCAAAAAGUUUGGAGAUUUUAUAAUCAACUAUUAUAAGAGGAAGAAUAAAGGAAAUGCUGUAAAAGCAGAUUCUGGUCGUACGACUGUUCCAAAGAUAGGUUUAAAUCCUUACCCAUAUAAUGAGAAUAUUUUAAGAAAAAGUAUGAAAUAUAACUCCGUUACUUAUGAAGUGCCUAGGAAGUUGCAACCUCCACCUGCUUUCAGAAGUGUGAGAAAGCCAUCAGACACAUCUCAAAUUUUUCACAUCUUAAAGACGCCUAAAAGGAAAAGAAGGAGUGGUGGGCGUAUUGUCAGUGAUAGUUUCCUCAAAACAGAGAAGUUGCAGAAAGAUCCUCUUAUGCCUACUGAUAAUCCUAUUGGCACUCUAAAGUUCCAGAAUAGUGAACAAAUGAAUGAUAAUCAAAUUUUUCCUCAGAGAGAAGAGAUCUCAACUGCAGUUUCUAAUAAAAAUACUGAUUUUGACUUAAUCCUUGGCCUGAAAAUUCCCAGAAUUACUGAAAAGGACUCCCUUAGAGAAGAUAAAAGUGAAAGUGAUAUUGAAAUAUCAGAUAUUGACCAGGAUAACUGUGACAUGUUUAAGCAGAGGUUCGAACCAAGAUGCUACUGCAAAAUGAAGAAAGGAAGAUUAAGGUACAAGGUCAAGUGAAUUGGAAGAGACUGAAUUAAUAGCAAUCAAUUCCAUGAGAAAUGAGUCAUUGAAAAGGCUAAACAAAGAGGAUUUAUACUUCAAAAAAUUGAGAAGGAAGGCUUCUUGUGUGACGAUUGAUUAAUUAUGCAAAAUAAUGGCCUAUUCGCAUCAAGAAAUGCUCCUUCUACAAUGCAUAAUAGACUAAUGUUAAACCCUGAAAGUCCUUAUACAAGAAUGCACGAUUUAAAUACCAACCAAUGUCUAGAGAGCCCAAAGGAUCUUCAAAUAGAGAAGGAGAACAAUAUUUCCAAUAACAUAGCCGAUAGUGAGAACAAAUAUUCAAACUCUGAAUGCAUCAAUGAGAAAAUCUCAGAGGCAUCAUAUCAUGAAAGAGGAGAUCACAGUCACUUGAAAGCUCCAGUCUGUCAGUAAGGCACUUCAUAGCGCAUCGCUUCAAGGCUGCUAAAGACUUUAUCUAAAAACCUGGUUAAU